AUGACUUGGGCCCAAUUGGACGUACACUCAAACGCAACGCUCAAUGAUUCACUUCAGGCAUAUUCUAGUGGACUAAUUGAGGGCCAUUUGACGGCAGAUCUGAUUGACUUCCACUGGAAUAAUAAUAUCCAACAUUAUUGCGAUAAUUCCUCACAAUUCUGCGAUAUAUUGUUUCCAUUCAUUGAGAAAAACGUUGAAUUCAUGAAAACGGAAAUUAAAAAAUACGCCAAAACUGACGAAUAUUGGCAUCAAAUAGAGCUCUCAUUAAUACAGUUGACGGGCAUUGAAGACGGGUAUAGAGCGGCUCGCGAUGGCGUCCAACCACUCGGCGCUCGCAUUGAUUUGUCAGCAAACGGU